AUGGCGAUGUUCUCAGCUGCUGCUGCUGCUGCUGCUGCGACUGCCCUUGUGGCAGCGGCCUUGUUUCCCCCGGCAACAGCUGUGUCUGCGGGAUCCAGCCAUUCCUGUGCUGUGCUCAGCGAUGCUACCGUCAAGUGCUUCGGCGACAACACGCUGGGGCAGCUGGGCCAACUGGACUCGCUCUCCCGUGGUCUAGAAGCGACAGACAUGGGCGACAACCUCCCCACGGUCCCCCUGGGGACGUUCGAAGCCGCCGCCGUUUACUCCGGAAACGAGUUCAACUGCGCGGUCUCCGUGGACGGGGGCUCCGUGAAAUGCUGGGGGCAGAACGAGGGGGGCCAGCUUGGGCUGGGGGACACGGAGGCCCGCGGCGGCCCCAACGAUGACAUCUUCGAGAUGGGCGAAAACCUUCCCACCGUCGACUUCAGCGGCAACAGCGGCCUCUCCGUGGAGUCCAUGUCCCUGGGGGGCUCCGCGGCAUGCGCGGUGCUGACCGGGGGGUCGGUGCGGUGCUGGGGGGCGAACGAGGUGGGGCAGUUGGGUCUGGGGGACACGGAGAACAGAGGGGAUGAGCCAGACGAGAUGGGGGACGACUUGCCGUUCGUCGACCUCGGCACCGGUUCCGUGGUGUCCUCGGUGGCUGUCGGUGCGAAGCACGCCUGCGCCACGAUGGAAGACGGCACCGUCAAGUGCUGGGGGAACAAUGACGGGGGGCAGCUGGGGUACGAAGACCGGCUUCCCAGGGGCACCGGUGUCGAGAUUGAUGGGAGGGGGGGGAUGGGGGACGCGCUAGCUGCGGUGGACCUCGGCCUGGGCCAGAGGGCGAUUGCCGUUGAGGCUGGCUUCUUCCACACCUGCGCGCUGCUCUACGAGGGCGACGUCAAGUGCUGGGGCUUUGGGUCCAGUGGUCAGCUUGGUCAGGGCAGCAACGCGUCAAUAGGGGACGUCCUGAACACCAUGGGUGAUAACCUUGCCCCGAUAGAUCUCGGAACUGGCCGCACUGCUGUGGCCGUUGCCCUCGGAGGAACGCACACUUGUGCAGGGUGGUGUCCUGGCAGUUGCGCUGUUGCUGAAGCUGUUGUUUGCUCUUUGUGGCUGUUGUAG